UUUUUUUUUUUUUUGUAUUAAUAAUAAUAACAGAGAAAUAAAUAAUUAUAUUCUACUGUCAUUUUUUUAUUAAUUUAUAUUUUUUUUAAAUACAAAAAAACAAAAGUAAUUUUAUGAAAAAAAAAAAAAAACAAAAUAGUUUUUAUAUACACACAUAGCUAAAUAUCAUUUUUUUUUUUUCAUAAUUUAAUUUUAAAAAGAAAAUUUGAAAAACAAAGACGCAAUAUAAUAGUUUUUAUACCUGGUUUUUCUUCUCGUCAUUUUCCACCCACCAACUCCCACAAUUCUCCUCAAUUCUCCUCAAUUUUUCCACCAUUUCAUCGUUCAUAGUUUCAUACAACACAAACUUCUCUCUCUCUCUCUGUAUUAUUUUUUUUUUUCAACAUAAAAUCAGUGUGUGUGUCAAUUUUUUUUUUCUGUGUGUGUAUAUUAUAUUUUGGUUAACAACACAACGAACCCAACUCUAAAUUUAGUUUAUUAUAAAGAAAAAAAAAACAAAUAAAUUAAAUUUUUAAGUUUUUAUUGAAGAAAUUGUAUAUUAAUUUUUUUAUUAUUGUUAUUAUCAAUAAACUUGGUGUGUAAUUUUCAAGGUUAAAAAUUUUUAAUUACAAAAAAUAAUAUACCUAAUCAAUUGUGUUUGUUAAAUUGUAAAACAAAAAAAAAAGCAAAUAAUUAAUUCAAAUAGUGCAUCAUCAUCAUCAUCAAAAGUAUAUUUUAUUUAUUGACAAUAUUAAAAAUUAUCAACAAGUCAUUGAGACAUAAUAUCAACGUCAUUCAGAAUCUAUGAACGCCAAGAAUCAAGAGGACCCUGGUGAAGAUCUUGCAUCUAGGGUCGGAGCUGAAAGUCCCUGUAGUGACAUGAAACGUGCAGCAGCUAAAAAAUUAAUUGAAAAAUAUUUUUUUCAACUAACUGAUGGUUGUGGUAAUGCACAAUGUGAUAAUCAAAAUUGUGCAUCAAGUGGCAAGGUGACAAAUUUAACACCAAAUCAAGCAGCUGGUUUAGCAAUACAAUUAUUUUCUCAAGAAGCAAGACUUUGUGAUGAAAAUCAACAACCAUCAAAAGUACCAAGAACAUCAAUUGCAACUGGUCCAACAAUAUUGGAAAAAAGUAGCUUACCAUCUAAAACAAUGAAUCCAUCAUGUUCAACUGACGAUAAAGAAAUUCCAUAUUUAACAGAAGCAAAAUUGUUAAAAAUAUUGGAUACAUGUAAAACAGAAGAAAAUUAUUCAUUAUUAAUACGAACACUUGGUGAGGUAUUUUCAUCAUCAACAGCAUUAAGUAAAAGUUUUAAAAAAAUUGAAAAAAGUGAUUCACCAUUAGCAGCACUAUUGGAUCGUGCACCAGAAUCAUUAUUAAAACCACCAGGUGAUUUAAAUAAAGAAGCUGUACGUUCACUUCAAGGUGAGGAUAAAGAAAUUGAUAGUAGUGAUCCAGCACCACCAAGUGUACCAGAUCAAGAUGAUACAAAUGUUGAUAUUGAAUCAGUUAGACGAUCAUUUACAGAAUUAUGGAAAAUACCAGGUGAAAAAUUUGAAUCAUCUCUAGUCAAUGCACUUGUUACACUUGCUAAUAAUAUUGAACUUGAUCUCAGUGGUGGUAGUUCAAAAAAAUCAGAAAGUAUUGAUACACUUGUUAAUAUAUUUUUAAUUGUAUUUGAAAUACCAGUACUUGGUAGUAAUGAUUAUCUUGAAUAUGCAUUACACAUGUUAUGCAAAGCAGCAAGUUGUUUACCAAUAAAAGCACAAGCAUUAUUAUCACGUUUAUGGGCAAAACAUUGUAAAACACGUUUACCAAAUUUACUACAAACAUUACAACAAUUAAUAACACUUAAAUUAUUUGCUGGUUUUUUUACACGUGAUUAUUGUAUACAAGAUGCUGAUACAAUAACAGCACCAACAAAAGUUAUGAAAAUAAUAUAUUAUGCAAGUAUGUUGGCUGGUGAAAUUGAUUCACCAGAAUAUAGUCGUGAUUGUGAUUUUAAUAAACAACAUGAUAACAACAACAACAACAACAAUAAUAAUAAUAAUAAUAAUAAUGAUGAAGAUGAAAAUGAUAAUGAUGAUAAUAAAAAUAAUGAUGAUGAUGAUGAUGAUGAUGAUAAAAUAAAUAGAAUAACAACAACGACAACGACAACAACAACUACAACUACAUUACCAAUACAAGAUCCAUUGGCAAUUGAAUUGGGUAUUUAUACACUUGAUUCACGUAGACCAUCAAUACCAUAUACUGAUUUUUAUCAUGAAUUUUUAAGUGAAAUGGUUGAAAUGGAUAAAGAUUUUGCAUAUUAUAAAAAUGAAGCACCAAAAAAAUUUAGUUUUAUGAAUUAUUCAUUUAUAUUAACACCAGCAACAAAAACAUUGGGUUUAUAUUAUGAUAAUAGAAUAAGAAUGUAUAGUGAAAGACGUAUGUCAUUUUUUCAAUCAUUUGUUGGACAACCAACAAAUCCAUAUUUACGUAUUAAAGUUAGACGUGAUUAUUUAAUUGCUGAUGCAUUAGUUGAAAUUGAAAUGAUAUCAAUGGAAAAUCCAUCAGAUUUAAAAAAACAAUUAGUUGUUGAAUUUGAAGGUGAACAAGGUGUUGAUGAAGGUGGUGUAUCUAAAGAAUUUUUUCAAUUAAUUAUUGAAGAAAUAUUUAAUCCUGAUUAUGGUAUGUUUACAUUAAAUGAUGAUACCAAAACAACAUGGUUUAAUCAAACAUCAUUUGAAUCAGAUGCACAAUUUACAUUAAUUGGUGUUGUACUUGGUCUUGCUAUUUAUAAUAAUGUUAUAUUGGAUGUACAUUUUCCAAUGGUUGUUUAUCGUAAAUUAUUAGGAAGAAAUGGUGUAUUUGCUGAUUUAGAAGAUUGGAGUCCAACUCUAUAUAGAACAUUAAAUGACAUGUUAAAUUAUCAUGAUGAUGAUAUUGCUGAUGUAUUUAUGCAAACAUUUAAAGUUGGAUAUAAAGAUGUAUUUGGUACAUUAUUAUUUCAUGAACUUAAAAAUAAUGCUGAUGAUAUAUAUGUUAAUCAAACAAAUAAAAGAGAAUUUGUUGAUCUUUAUGCUAAUUUUUUAUUAAAUAAAUCUGUCGAGAGACAAUUUAAAGCAUUUAGACGUGGUUUUGCAAUGGUAACUGAUGAAAGUCCAUUGGUAUUGUUAUUUAGACCUGAAGAAAUUGAACAACUUAUUUGUGGAAGUAAAGAAUUUGAUUUUGCUGAGCUUGAAACAACAACUGAAUAUGAUGGUUAUACGGUUGACAGUGAUACUGUUAAAUAUUUUUGGCGUGUUGCACAUGCAUUACCACAUGAAAGUCAACGUAGAUUAUUACAAUUUACAACUGGAAGUGAUCGAGUACCAGUUGGUGGAUUAUCAAAAUUAAAAAUGGUUAUAUCACGACAUGGUCCAGAUUCUGAUCGGCUACCAAUUGCUCAUACCUGCUUCAAUACAUUACUCUUGCCAGAUUAUUCGUCAUUUGAAAAACUUGAAGAUCGAUUGUUAAAAGCAAUUAAUUAUUCAAAAGGUUUCGGAAUGUUGUAAUUUCGAAAUUGCCAAAUACAUUUGCACAUCAUCAAGGCCUAAAAGCAGAACUGAAAAAAUUUUUCAAUUUUUUUUUUUUUAAUCAAUUCCCUCCAGUUUAAAUACAGCUUGAAAACUGUUUUAAAAUAUUG